CCCAUUCCCCUUUACAUUUGUUUUCCUUUCCCUCUCUUUCACAAUUCUGUCGCUGGGCAACGAAGAGUCACGGUCACCUACAUACAUUUCGCACUGAAAUUAGACAAUCGCUCCACCCACCUAAAACCCUACACACUCAGAACGCAACUUCAUUUCGGAGAAAAGAUGGAGAAAGUACCUGAGAUUGAAGAUCCUGCUGAUGCCGAGCCACCACCUUUAUCUCCGUCAAGUCCUGAUGUGUCGCCUAGUAUAGAAACAGUAGAAGCCGAUCCUAUAAAGUUUUCUAUCAUCAGUAGGCAAGGGGUUGGGACUGCUGGAAAACGCAUACCCGUGCUUACCAAUCUCUUCAAAGUUUCCGUUAAUGCUCCGGAUGCGAUUUUCUUCCAGUAUAGUGUUACUAUUGCUACGGAAGACAAAAGAGUCAUCGAAAGCAAGGGCAUUGGGAGAAAACUGAUUGAUAGGCUUUACCAAACAUACUCUUCUGAACUUGGUGGCAAGAGGUUUGCAUAUGAUGGUGAUAGAACUUUAUACACAGUGGGUCCUCUGCCACAGAAUAAAUUCGAGUUCAAAGUAUUGCUUGAGGAAUCGUUUGCAAAAUCCAGUAGUGCUGAGUGUCCUGAUGCUAAUGGAAGCCCUCGUGGGGAAACUAAAAGGUCAAAAUGUUCGUUUCAGUCAAAGGCUUUCAUGGUGGAUAUAAGUUUUACUGCCAAAAUACCCCUGCAGUCUGUUGCUCUUUCCCUUGAAGGGAUGGGGACAGAUGCUAAUUGUCAGGAUGCUUUGAGAGUGCUAGACACUGUGCUGAGGCAACAAGCAGCUAACAGAGGGUGUCUCUUGGUAAGACAAUCUUUUUAUCAUGACGACUCGAGGAAUUUCUCUGAUGUUGGAGGUGGAGUAACAGGAGUUCGAGGGUUUCACUCCAGUUUUAAUCUUAAACAGGGAGGAUUAUCUCUUAAUAUGGAUGUGUCCACCACGGUCAUCUUAAAACCUGGACCUGUAAUUGAUUUUCUCCUAUCCAACCAGAAUGUGAAAGAACCCCGUUAUAUUGACUGGGCAAAGGCCAAAAAAGUGCUUAAAAAUUUAAGGGUGCUUGCAACACAUCGUAAAUGGGAAUUUAAAAUUUCUGGCUUGAGUGAGAAGCCCUGCAUUCAGCAACUUUUUAGUAUGAAGGUGAAAAAUGGAGACAACAAUGACGGAGAACAGACAGUAGAUAUUACUGUAUAUGAGUAUUUUGCUGAACACUGUGGCAUAGAGCUGACUUCUUCUGCUUAUCUUCCAUGUCUUGAUGUGGGGAAGCCAAAUCGUCCCAUCUAUUUGCCCUUGGAGCUUUGUUCACUUGUUCCCCUCCAACGAUAUAAAAAGGCAUUAUCUCCCGUGCAAAGAGCAUCUUUGAUUGAAAAAUCACGCCAAAAGCCGCAAGAUAGAAUCAAGUCUCUGAGAAAUGCUGUUGAAGAUUAUCACUACGAUGAUGACCCUGUUCUUGCUGCAUGUGGCAUUUCUAUUGAUAAACAAUUGACUCAGGUUGAAGCUCGGGUACUUGAGACACCAAAGUUGAAGGUCGGUAAGAAUGAUGACUGCAUUCCCCAAAAUGGAAGGUGGAACUUUAAUAAGAAGACAUUUCUACAACCAUCACGUAUUGAUUUUUGGGCUGUUGUUAAUUUUUCUGCCCGUUGUGAUACUAGUUACAUAACAAGGGAGCUGAUCAAAUGUGGAAUGAGCAAAGGCAUUAACAUUGAACGGCCAUAUACUUUAAUAGAGGAAGACGCACCCAUGAAAAAAUCUAAUCCUGUUGCAAGGGUUGAAAAGAUGUUUGACCUACUUACAUCAAAACUUAUUAGAGAACCAAAGCUGAUUCUCUGUGUUUUGCCAGAGAAGAAAAAUUGUGACAUUUACGGGCCUUGGAAAAAGAAGUGUCUGAGUGAAUUUGGUGUUGUCACACAGUGUAUUUCCCCUCUGAAGAUCACUGAUCAAUACCUUACUAAUGUACUACUUAAAAUCAAUUCUAAGCUUGGAGGAAUAAACUCUUUACUGACAAUAGAGCUUUCCGGGAAUCUUCCCCUAAUUGAAGAUACUCCAACAAUGAUUUUGGGGAUGGAUGUGUCUCAUAGUUCCCCUGGUCAGUCAGAUGUUCCAUCAAUAGCAGCGGUUGUUGGAUCUCGUCUUUGGCCUCUGAUUUCAAGGUAUAGAGCAUCUGUGAGAACGCAAUCAUCUAAAGUGGAGAUAAUUGAUGCUCUUUACAAGCCUUUGGAUGGUGGGAAAGAUGAUGGUAUUAUCAGAGAAUUGCUUCUAGAUUUCUAUGAAUCAAGUAAUGGUCGCAAACCAGCUCAAAUUAUCGUGUUCAGGGAUGGAGUCAGUGAAUCACAGUUUAAUCAGGUUCUGGAUAUUGAGGUUAACCAGAUUAUAAAGGCCUAUCAACAUCUUGGAGAGGUUGAUGUUCCCAAGUUCACAGUAAUUGUGGCGCAGAAGAAUCAUCAUAUAAAGCUUUUUCAAGCUAAUUCUGUGGAUAAUGUUCCUCCUGGAACGGUUGUCGACACAAAAAUCGUGCAUCCAAGAAAUUACGAUUUCUACUUGUGUGCUCAUGCUGGGAUGAUUGGCACAUCUCGGCCUGUACAUUAUAAUGUGUUGCUCGAUGAGAUUGGUUUCUCUCCGGAUAGCUUGCAAAAUUUAAUCCAUUCACUGUCUUAUGCAAACCAAAGGAGCUCCAUUGCAACCUCAAUUGUGGCACCUAUACACUAUGCCCACCACGCUGCAGCUCAGAUGAGACAAGUUUUGAAUUUUGAUAAUUUAUCAGAAACAUCUUCAAAUCUUGAUUCAGAGGGAGUCGUCUCCAUUCCCGAGCUACCAAGGUUGCAUAGCAAUGUCAAGAGUACCAUGUUCUUCUGCUGAGGUGUAGGGUGCAGAUUGCUCCUAGUAAAUUCAUUUUGAUUAACCGGUGGAAGUGUAAAUAUCUCUGGCAUGUAUAGUUGCUAAACAUGCAAAAUACCAACCCUAAGUUGUUUUUUUAUAGAGAUCAGUGGGCUUGGAUCUUCGUGAUCAACAUGUUAUUGCUAAGGUUUGCCA